AUCUAUCUAUCUAUCCAUCUAUCUAUCUAUAUAUAUUCACGUGUGUACACAUGUGCUAAAAUCUAUGGUGAAUAAGUUGGAUUAAACAAAUACAUACAUACACACACAUACAUACAUACAAAUAGAUGUAUAGACAUAUACAUACACACAAAAGAAACAAGCCAGUACACUAAUGUUUACAAAUACAAGCAUUUAUAUACAGAAAUACACAAACACCACUUGAUAUAUUAUCAAAUUUUUUAUCGUAAUACUCUCAUUUUACAUUCCACAUUGAACAUCAUCAUCAUCGUCAACAUCAACAUCAACAUUAUCAUCGUCACCAUCCAUUCAGUGUCUUGGUAUUAUAUAUUUAUUCAAUUUUCAAUGUAUUAUAUUACAUCUAUGUUAUAUUAGAAAAGCAAGAAUUGGAAGACGAUAUGCGAAAUACGAGAUAGUGAAUAGUUCAACUAUAAAUUUUUUUUCUAGUAGAAAAAAAGGGUAUUAACUUACCUUAAAGCAACAAAAAAAAAUUACGUAUUAGUAAUAAAUUAACUAAGAAUACGAUAAAAGGGAGUAAUGUAUAGUAUAAAUGUUAGUAACAACAACAAUCAGAAUACUACUGAUACUACAAUAGAUGUAAGUAGUAGAUUAUCUGUUCAAAUUAAUGAAUUAUAUUAUGAUGGGAAAUAUCCUAAUCUACCAUCUACUGAAUACACAUCUUCAUCAUCAUCAUCUUGUUCUUCUUCGGGAUCAUCAUUCUCAUCAUCAACAUCAUUGUCAUUGGCAACAGUAUCAUCGACUUCAACAAUAUGUUUUCCUAUAACCACAACAACAGUAGUAAAUGAAUCCAAUUAUGUUGCGUAUGCCACAAACAGUCUACAUCAACCUCAUCAAAGUUUAAAUUAUCCUUAUGAACAACAAUAUUAUGUGAAUGAUAAUCAUGAAGAAUAUGAUAAUAAGCAUCAUAAUUAUUAUCAGCAACAUCAUCAUUAUACACCAAUAAUUUCAACUGCACAUACUACUAAUAACAAUGACAAAAAUAAUAGUAGUCUGUGUAUUUCCACCACUACAACUCCCAAUGAUGGUAAUUUCUUCAAUGAAAUACAAAUCAUAUGCAUAUGUGAAACGCUGCAACAACGUGGUGAUAUUGACCGACUGGAAUUAUUUAUACAAACAUUACCUAAAUGGAAUAUACAAUUACAUAAUUUAGAAUGUAUUCAAGUAGCCAAAGCAAUGAUUGCAUUUCAUCAUGAACAAUAUACACAAUUAUAUCAUAUAUUAGAAAAUUGUAAUUUCUCAUCUAUCUAUCAUAGUAGAUUACAAAAUUUAUGGUUACGUGCACAUUAUGCUGAAGAAGAAAAAAUUAAAGGUAGAAUAUUAGGUGCUGUAGCUAAAUAUCGUAUAAGACGUAAAUAUCCAUUACCUCAUACAAUAUGGGAUGGUGAAGAGACAAGUUAUUGUUUUAAAGAAAAAUCUAGAAAUCUAUUACGUGAAUGGUAUCAUCAAAAUCCAUAUCCAUCACCACGUGAUAAAAGACAAUUAGCUGAGAUAACUGGUUUAACUAUAACACAAGUAUCAAAUUGGUUUAAAAAUCGUCGACAACGUGAUCGUGCUACUGAUGUACUUAUGACAACAACAACAAUGACAACGACAACUAUGACAACUACGACAACAAUGUGUAAAACACCAGUUAUGUCACCAUUAUCGGCUAAAACAAUGAUGACAUUGUUACCAACAGUUGUAUCUAUGUCACAUGAUUUACCAACAUAUCAAUUGUCGACAGUAUCAACAAAUGGAAUUAUACAGUCGGAUAUCAUCAAUGAAAAUUCAGAUACAUUAUCAAUGAAUGAAUUGAAUAUACAAUAUAAUAAAAUAAAUAAAGAAUCAUUUAAUAGAAAAGAUUUACAAUCGGAAAAUGAUUGUUUAUCUAAUCAAUAUCAUAUAGCUAAUAAUGAUCACAAUCAAAAUCAGUACAAUCAUCCUCAUCCUCAUCAUCAUCAUCAUCCUGCUCGAUGUAUAUCACAAUUAACUUCUCAUCUACCUACAAUAACAAAUAAUGAACAUAAUAAUGAAUUAUUCACUAAUCAUUCCAGAAUCAAUCCAUUCAUUCAUGAUGAAUUAGAUAUAAUAAAACAAACAAAUUCUAAAUACCCAUUCAAUAUUCAAUCAUCAAAUGAUUAUUAUUAUGAUUAUCAUUAUAAUCAGCAGUUGUCAAAUCAUCAUAAUCAUUCAUAUAUACAUGAAGAAAAUAAUAUAAAUAAACAAAAUUCAAAUUUCAAUGAUUCAUCUUAUUUAAAACAAAAUGAUUAUCAAUUAACAAAUCAAUAUGUUUCUGGUAUUAUAAAUGAUUAUGAAAAAAAUAUCUUAAAUCUUACAACACAAGGGUUAACUAAUAAUCUAAAGUAUUGUUGUGGUUCUUCUUCUUCUUCAGUAUCAUCUUGCUCAGCACAGUCUUCUUUAACAUCGUCUUCAUUGUCUUCAUCUUCUUUGUAUACUUCAAAUCUAGGCAACUUGAUGACAACAACAACAACAACAACUACAUCAUCAUCACCAUCAUCAAGAUCAUUAUCUUCAGUUAUAAAUUUGAAUACAAUAGAAAAUAAUAUAAAUAUGAUUGAUUUAAAUAAACAAAUUAAUCCUUGGAUAAAUUAUUCUAUGUAUAAUAAUAGUUUAAUUAUAAAUCCAAUUACUCCUACUACUACUAUUACUACUAAUACUACUAACAAUAAUCAUAGUAAUAUAGUAUGGUCUACAAAUAAUGAUAAUCAUCAAAGUCUAUUAGAAUCAUAUCAUUCACAUAAUUAUUCAAUCAUAAAUAAUGAUAGUUCAUAUGAAGAAAGUUUAAGUGAUGAUCAUGAUGAUGAUGAUGAUGAUGACGAUGAUGAUGAUCACAAUAAUAAUAAUAAUAAUAAUAAUAAUAAUAAUAAUAAUAAUAAUAAUAAUGAACAAGAUGAAAAUAAUCAUAAAAAUAAUAUUUUACAUUUAAAUAUCAAUAAUCAAUAUAAUAAUAAUAAUCAAUCAAUAAUAUCGAUCCCAUUAAAAAAAUCAUCGACAUUCAUUACAAAUCAAUUAAAAUCAAUAAAUUCAAUCAAAUUAAUUAAUUCUAAUGAAUUUAAUCAAUUACAAAUACCAACAAUUCAUUUACAAAAUUCAUUUAUUAAUAAACAAUAUAAUAAUAAUAAUCAUAGUAAUGAUAAUAAUAAUAAUAAUAAUGAUUCAAUAUCUGCAACUGAUCAUUGGUUACACAAUAAUACCCUAGCAACUAAUAAUCAAUUAAAUGAUCAUGUAGAUAAUUGUUGUAUACCUGUAUUAUUAUGUUCAAGAAGUAGCAUGUAACACAAUGAAUAUUUUCUUUUUUUCUUUUGUAUUUACUUAAAAUUAUAAUCAAUAGCUGUUUUUUUUUGUAUACAUAUCUUUUGUCAAAAUAAAUAUCCCUUCCUUGAAAAUAGAGUAUCCAUUUGGUUAUUAGGAUUAUUAACUGAAACAUCGAAAGUUCCCUUAGUUUUGUUUAGAUUGUGAAUGUAAAAGCAAUUAUUUUAUCAGUGUACCUAUUUUUACUGUAAAAAAGGAUGUUGACAUUUUUUUAUCGAUUAUGGGUGUGGGGUGGGUUGGAGAAUGAAAUGACGAUAAAUCUUGACAUAAAUUUAACUAAUAGAGAUAAACUACUUAAUAAUAUUAAGUAAGCUAAAUUUAAUCAUAAAAAUAUACAAAUGAUGAAUUCUAUGUAAUUAGUUCUGUUUGAUUAAACAUUUUCUUCUGAUAAAUUAUGUUUUAUUCUUGUUAUUCCACAAAUACUGAAGUUUAUUUUAUUGCUACAGAAUUAGCAGUUGUUAAUAUCUUGAUUAGAAAGAUUCUUAUUUCAAUAAAUUUGAUCAAAUAUACUUAGUAUUUUAUACUGUAA